AUGUCCACAAAAGUUAAUCACUCAUCGAUGGAAAUCAUAUCGCAGGUCCAGAAAUCAUCAGCGGUGCGUCUCAAUACGGGAAAUAUUCAACGGCAUCCAGAACUGUUUCGACAGAUGUUCAGAAAUUCAGCGGAAGAACUUGUAGCUGCACUCGAACAUCAGCUUGAUGGACCAAAUGGACCGGAUUUGGAGAUGAGACCAGAUGGUACGAUAAUGCUUACUCGUGAUUCAGAAAACUGUCGUCUAAAUACUAUCGAAAAAAACGAUAUGAAGAUAACUUUGAAGGUAUUUAUGUCUUCAUUAGACAUAAAACAGGUGGAAGAAAGCAUCGAUACAGCUUUACACGAGAUCAACACCAAAUCAAUUUCUCAAUUGAUCAUUGCUUUUCCUCCGGAUGAUAAAUUAGACAUAGAUCCAUCCGUACCUACAGAAGUAGAGGAAUGGUUGUCGCAUAUCCUACCGUUUUGGACACAGCUAGAAACUUUGGUAAGGACUCACAAGAUAAACACAUUAGGUGUAGCGGAUCUUGACUAUGAGCAGUUAAAAGCGCUUUAUGAAUCUACGAAUGAUCAUCGCCCAAUGAUUGACCAUUAUAGCACUGAACAUUGUUGUACGGUUCCUCCUGAAUUACGCGAAUAUGCGAAGCAAAAGGACAUUCAAUUAUUAACUCACAAUGACCCGAAUUUACACAGUAUUAAUGAAAGACUAGAUGCCACAACAAGGAAGCUGUUCGGAAAUGAGCAUUUCGAUCUUCUCUUCAUUGCAAGGCUUACGGUAUGGUUGCGAAGCCGUUCAAUAAUCGUUGGAAAAGGUUACAUCCUCAAGUUUAUGAGGAAGAUUUCUUAA